AUGGCUCAACGAGGAAUUCAGCCGGACUCGGCAAAGUUUUGCUGUUCGAUCUGUCUGGAUCUGCUGAAGGAUCCGGUGACUAUUCCCUGUGGACACAGCUACUGCAUGAGCUGUAUUAAAGACUGCUGGGAUGGAGAGGAGCACAAGGAAAUAUACAGCUGCCCGCAGUGCAGAAGAACCUUCACACCAAGGCCUGUCCUGGAGAAAAGCACCAUGUUAGCAGACAUAGUGGAGGAAAUGAAGAGGAUGGGACUCCAAGCUGCUCCUCCUGAUCUCUGCUACGCUGGACCUGGAGAUGUGGCCUGUGAUUUCUGCUCUGGGAGGAAACUGAAAGCCCUCAAGUCCUGUCUGGCGUGUCUGGCCUCUUACUGUGAGCAGCACCUCCAGCCUCACUACGAUGCAGCUCCAUUUAAGAAACACAAGCUGGUGGAAGCCACUGUGAAGCUUCAGGAGAACAUCUGCUCUCGUCACGAUGAGGUGAUGAAGAUUUUCUGCCGCACUGAUCAGCAGUGUAUCUGUUAUCUCUGCUCCAUGGAUGAACAUGAAGGCCACCGCAAAGUCUCAGCUGCAGCAGAAAGGACCGAGAGGCAGGAAGAGCUCGGGCUGAGUCGGCAAAAAAUCCAGCAGAGAAUCCAGGACACAGAGAAAGACGUGAAGGUGCUUCAGCAGGAGGUGGAGGCCAUCAGUCGCUCUGCUGAUAAAGCAGUGGAGGACAGUGAGGAGAUCUUCACUGAGCUGAUCCGUUUGCUUGAGAAAAGAAGGUCUGAUGUGAAGCAGCAGAUCAGAUCCCAGCAGGAAGAGGAAGUGAGUCGGGCUGAAGAAGUUGAGGAGAAGCUGAAGCAGGAGAUCGCUGAGCUGAGGAGGAAAGACGCUGAGCUGGAGCAGCUCUCACACACACAGGAUCACAUCCAUUUUCUACAGAAUUACCCCUCGCUCUCAUGUCUCAGUGAAGCUACACACUCACCCAGCAUCAACAUCCGUCCUCUGAGCUACUUUGAGGAUGUGAGUGCAGCUGUGUCAGAGCUGAGAGACAAACUACAGGAGCUUCUUAGUGAGGAAUGGUCCAAGAUCUCACUGACAGCGACUGGAGUGGAUGUUCUACUGCCUCACCCAGAGCCCAAGACCAGAGCUGAGUUCUUACAAUAUUCAUGUCACAUCACACUGGAUCCAAACACAGCACACACACAGCUGUCAUUAUCUGAGGAGAACAGAAAAGCAACAUUAAUGGAAGAAGAACAGUCAUAUCCCAGUCACCCAGACAGAUUUACUGGAUGUUGUCAGGUCCUGAGCAGAGAGAGUCUGACUGGACGUUGUUACUGGGAGGUGGAGUGGAAGGGGGGAGUUGAUAUAGCAGUCGCAUAUCAGGAUAUCAGCAGAACAGAGGACGAUGAAUGUGAAUUUGGAUUCCCUGUGCCCUCCAGAAUGGGAGUGUACCUGGAUCACAGAGCAGGUAUUCUGUCCUUCUACAGCGUCUCUGAAACCAUGACUCUCCUCCACAGAGUCCAGACCACGUUCACUCAGCCUCUCCAUGCUGGACUUGGGCUUUACGAUAACGGAAACACUGCAGAGUUUUGUGAGCUCAAGUAGACAGGAGUGAUUAAAGCACUUCUGUCGUCUAUUUCUAUAACAUCUGUGUUGGUAAGCGCUUGUUUCUGUUCUUUUUUUUUUUUUUUUUAAAUCAAGAACUGCACAUAUAUGUCUUCAUUUUAAAAUGAUUGUUCUGCAAAAUAUUUUGUUGCAUUUUUAUUUUGCUGCUAAAAGCUCAUUGCUGUGGUUUCUCAGUCCUGCACUUCCCAGACGUCACCUGUGGCACAUUUUGUUCUUGGUCUGUUCAGCCGUGGUGGAUAUAGGUUGAACUCCAUCAGUCGACAGUAGAGAGAAGCCAAAUGAA